AUAUUGAUGCAUACAUUUACAUGCUUGUGUGCAAUCAAUUGCACUUAAAAUGGCAGCAGUGAUCAGAAUGUCAAGCCAAACAUCUCUAGUAGAGAAAGGAAAGCAUUGUGUUGCAGUUGCCAGUGAAGUGCUGAAAUACAUUGAAAUUGGUGAAACCAUCUAUGGUCAAACAGUAGAUGCAAGCAGCAAGCUGGUGUCGGUGCAGAAAGAUGCUGCUGUUCUUGCAAAUGACGCUGAAAAGUUAGCCAAACGACUUGAGGCAGUGGACGAGCACUAUCAGGAGAUGGAUGCUGAACUUCACCGCCAAGUCGGGCAAUUAGGUAUGCAAGAAGAAACAUUGAAAACCGAAAAGAUAAAUUGUGAGAGUAAUCUUGCUAGACAACGAAGUGUGCUUCCUGAUAGAGAGUCGCAGCUUUCUUCAGCAGAAAGUGAUUUGCAAAGAGCUGAAGGAAAACUAAGAGAUGCUAUUGAAAAGCUGAAAAAUAUUCAGAUUGGCUCAGCUGUUGGUGGGGCUCUACUUGGAUUGUUUACUGGAGGAAUUAGUACGCUAGUCGGUGCUGGACUUGCAGUCAGUAUCGGUGCUAUAGUGAAUGCUUGCCAAAAUGAAGAAAAAGACGCUUGCUCAGCCAGAGAUUGUCGUAGAAGUGAUUUAGACAGUGCAAAAUCUGCCAUUAAGUCUAGUGAGAUUCAAGUUUCCUCUCUUGCAUCUCAGAUCAAUCGCAUAGCUGUAGAUAUACAACGACUUGAGCAGCAACGUCAAGAGAUACAUAAAAAAAGAGGUGAGAUCAAAGCAGCAAUUCCUAUUUUCAAAGAUUCAACACAGUUUUGGCUCCUUUUCAAGCAACUUUCGGAAGAUGUAGAAAAUUGUUCUACUCUUCUAAAGAAAAUUGUUAACAAAAAACAUGAACGGGGGAGCUAUGAAAUUCUUCAGGCCGAUGUAAGUCAACGCACGACAAACACCUUCUUUGAAGCAUGGGAGUCAAUAGAAGUUGCUGCUGCUGAUGGUUAUUCCAAUUACAAUCACAUGUUUUCUAUCGAUUACACUUGUGUGAAAUGCAGUAGUGCAUGCAAGGCAAUGCCAUUCCUCAGUGGAUUGAAUUUUAUUUGCUCCACUUGCCACCGGAACUAUAGAGGCUCUACAGAUAUUGAAACGUGAACGGUCUCUAUAUAUACUUGUUGUUAUAUAAUUAUACUGAUAGCCCGAUAUUAUUAUAUCACUAUUAUAAUUAUACUUGUUAUCAAGGGCAUAUACAUACGCCCUUGUUGUUA